CAUUUGGUACAGCAUUCAGCCGAAUCAUCAGCCCAUGUGGAUUGUUCUAAACCAUUAGUGCAUAAUGUUCCAAACAGACCAGGGGAGCAUACUUCCAGAGGCGGCUUGUAUCUUUCAAGGUGUCCAGAGGCGGCUUGUAUCACUUCCAGGUGUCCUGAGAAGCCAAGGAGAUUUCUUCUGACCUUACAUAAUUGCUGUGUUGAGCUUGGUGCGUCACACUUUACCAGAAGCUGAGCUGCUGGUGCUACUUACUCCAAGCAGGCCUGAUCUGCCCAGCAACCUGGUGGUCUCUCAUCUGCCAGACUUCAGAACUUGCUUCCUCAUACAAAAGGGGUAUCAAUGGGGCAGAGCUUCUUUCCUGAUAAUCGGGUCCUACGUGUGGCUCAGGUCUGCCUGCUUGCGUUCUGUAUCUUCCUUUGCCUCAAGCCUGGAGGUAAGAAACCCCCCAACUCCUUUUUGAGCUCUGUCACAUGUUAGCUGUGUGUGUCGGUGGAGAUUCAGCAGGGACAAUUUCUGAAAGGCGAGCGUGGUCCCUGCACUCAGAAUGUUUGGGCAGCUGCUGAGGCUACAUGAGAAUCCAGUUCUGCUGAGAGCAGUAUGCCCUCUUUUUCAAUUUAAAUCUCUUGUUCAUCGCCAGGGAGAGGAGCACAACCCACCACCAUCCUUUUGAUCUCCUCAGUGCCUUCUUGAGAUAGUCUUUCCCCAAAGCAGACGUUUCCAAGCUUUCUGGGUCCACGGCUCUCUUGACCAACUACAUUCUUUCUGUGGUUGCCCUGUGAGGCAAUGGGCUCCAAGCCCCAGAAUCCUAGUUAUGUUACCCCUUGGCUGCAGACCCCACAGCCCUUCACCCCUUUUUUGAAGACCCUCCCUUGUGGAGUGUUCCUGCAGCCUCCUCUCCACUCCCCUCUCCUUGUGAGUCCUCCGGGCAGCUACCCCCCAUCACUGGGCCACCCCUAUCCCAAAGAGUGUUGCCUCCUCACUUGUCUGUCCAAUAGAAAGGACUAGUGGACUGGCUGGCUGGGCUCCCUCACCCACUUGCUUGCUUACUCUGAGGCUGCCUCAGCUCCUAGCAACCAGCACCCCAUGGUCAGCCCCAGAGGCACCAUACACCUGGGGAGCUUGUAGCCAGGGCUGCUGCAACAAACAGCUGCACAAGCCUUUGGGAAGCAGAGGGAUGAAACCGGGAAGGAAAGAGGGAUGGAGGCUAGUGUUGCCCACAGCACCCCUGACCAUCAUUCAAGGCACCCCACGGUCCCAUGACACACUAGUUGAAAACUAGAGUGACUCCACAUUGGAGGGAGCUUCUGGUGUCAGGCUCUUUCAGCAGAAGAAUGGAUGUCACUUUUGGGUGGGUGAGCAAAGAUGCCUCUUACCAUGGGGUCCCUAAGAGAAGUGUUAGAGCCCGUGUCUUCCAUGCAGAAAACCCCAGGUUAACACCCCCCCCCGGGCAUCUCCAGUAAAAGGGUUCAGGGAGAAGAAGAUGAUGCAUCCUAAGACAAAACUGGGGGAAAUGGAGAGAGAGCUUGACUUUGUGUACGUUCGGCUGAGGUGAGUCAGGCUGCCUGCUCAUGAUACAAUAAAAUUUUUCAUAUGUGUGUGUGUGAAGUGUGUGUGAAGGCUUGUAUCCAAUGUAUCUUAAUUCAUCUAAUUAAGAGGGAAAUGCCUAGGGUUUCACCAGCACUAUGCUUUGUAGUGCAGCAGCUGCCCAUUAGGAAAGAAAACUGUUAAAAAGGGGAGAAGUGUUAGGGUUAGCAGGGCCUGUGUGCAAGACCCAAGAUUUGCAGCCCUUUGCCCAUCCCUUAACAAAGCCCCUUAACAUUAGUUUUAAAGUAAGGACAGUGCUUGCAGGAACAAACAAACAAACAAACAAACAAACUUGUCUGUCUUUUACAGUGGAUGCUGUCAGAUGCAGAAAAUGCUUUUCCAAUCAUCCUGACGAGCCAUGCGAACUGAGCAAUGGGAAGUGUAACGGGGACGUCUGUGUAUUGGGAAAAAUAUUUUCAGGUAAUGUGUCUGUCCCAUUUAUAGUCCUCCUUUAUGUAUGCUGGACUAGGAUGACCGGAUGUUUCAAACAGGUGGACUCAGUUGUGAAAUCGUGGUGAGGAGUGGCUGGGGACUCAUGGCUGUAUCACUCCAAAGAAGCAGUUGUCUCAGGUGGGUCUGAGGACUGUACCACUUGCCCCCCUCCUCUUCUGCGGCCAUGCCUCUUCCUUUGCCCUCGUACCUGUGCUCCCAGUGACAUGCCCUGCCCACCCCACACCCUACUGACACCAUUGGCGCAUCAGAGAGGUGGUGGCAGAAGAGAAGGUAGGAGAGGUGGCACAGGGGUGAGAUUGCCUCAAACAGCAAAACGUCCCGGGCCAUCCCUGUACACAACUGCGAGGCAGAAUUACUAAAAGAUUUGCCUCAUAAGGUCCUUGAAUGUCAGCUUUGUUGUUAUAUAAAAGGGCAUUAUGCAUAGGGACCUUACUUAAGAAGAUGAAAUAAUGGAGAGUAGCAGGAAAAGUAAGGCUUGUUUGUUGUUGUUGAGUCGUGUCCAACUCUUUGUGACCCCAUGGACCAGAGCAUGCCAGGAACUCCUGUCUUCCACUGCCUCCCAGUUUGGUCAAACUCAUGUUGGUAGCUUCGAGAACAAUGUCCAACCAUCUCAUCCUCUGUUGUCCCCUUCUCCUUGUGCCCUCAAUCUUUCCCAACAUCACAGUCUUUUCCAGGGAGUCUUCUCUUCUCAUGAGGUGGCCAAAGUAUUGGAGCCUCAGCUUCACGAUCUGUCCUUCCAGUGAGCACUCAGGGCUGAUUUCCUUAAGAAUGGAUAGGUUUGAUCUUCUUGCAGUCCAUGGGACUCUCAAGAGUCUCCUCCAACAUCAGAAUUCAAAAGCAUCAAUUCUUCGGCGAUCAGCCUUCUUUAUGGUCCAGCUCUCACUUCCAUACAGGGAACUAAUUGGUAUCUUAUACUCUCAGGAAAAGGUACAGUGGUACCUCAGGUUACAUACGCUUCAGGUUACAGACUCCGCUAACCCAUAAAUAGUACCUUGGGUUAAUAACUUUGCUUCAGGAUGAGAACAGAAAUCGCGCGGCGGUGGCGGUGCGGCAGCAGCAGCGGGAGGCCCCAUUAGCUAAAGUGGUGCUUCAGGUUAAGAACAAUUUCAGGUUAAGAAUGGACCUCCAGAACAAAUUAAGUACGUAACCAGAGGUACCACUGUAUUUGGAAUCCUUCAUAGACAAUAAGGUUCUCCUGGUGCCUUUAUUAUACAGUGGUACCAUGCUUCUCAAAUUUAAUCCGUUCCAGAAGUCCAUUCCAAAAUCAAAGUGUUCCAAAACCAAGGCGUGCUUUCCCAUAGGAAGUAAUGCAAAACAGAUUAAUCCAUUCCAGACUUUUAAAAACAAACCCUAAAACAGCAAUUUAACAUGAAUUUUACUAACGAGACCAUUGAUCCAAAAAAUGAAAGCAAUAAUCAAUGAUCAAUAAUCAACAAUCAACAAUGACUAUAAAAUAAAUAAGACAGUAUUGUAAAUGAUAAAAAUUAAAAUUAAUUCCUUUUCUUACCUGCACUGAUGAUAGUCAUGGUUUGGAUGGGGGGCUUUUAUCCAUUUCUGCAGGCACACAAUCAAUCAAUCAGUAGCUGAACUGGGUUCCACACAGUCACAAAAACAAAUUAACCGAAAAAGCCUCAAAAACAAAAACGCAAAAUAAAUAGCAAAAACAGAAGCGCCAAACUUAAUGCAUUCUGAAAGUCCGUUUAAUUUCCGAAAUGUUCAAAAAACAAGACACAGCUUCUGAUUGGUGCAGGUGCCCUGGAAACAUUAGCUGACAGUUGCAUUGGAUGUUCAGGUUCUGAAAAACAUUUGAAAACUGGAACGCUUACUUCAGGGAUUUUGGUGUUUGGGAACCAAGGCAUUUGAGUACCAAGGUGUUUAAGAACCAAGGUACCACUGUACAUCUAUAGGCGACAGGCAAUAACGUUCCUCUUUAACCAGUCCUUUGGUUGACUGAAAUUCAAUGCCCUUUUAAAAUGUGGGGGUUUUUUUGGGUGGGGUUAUUGGGUUGUUCUUGUUUUUAUUUUAAUUACGAAUUUUGUGUUUUUAUAUUGUGAUUUUAUCAUGUGAACUGCCUUGAUACCUGCAGCUUCAGGGCAGUAUAAAAAUUUAAUUUUUUUAAAAAAGGAAAAACAGUGGUGGAGAUUAUGAUAUUUAAGGGUUUGCUUUAUUUGGAUAUGUACCUUGCACAUGUUUUAACUUUAAUUUAACAUUGACAUUUUAGCAGUUUUAGCAAAAUCAAUUCGAAAUUCUGUUCCAGGUAUACCCUUUGGAAGCGUUUAAUACCAAUUCCCCUCCCCCCAAAUGAUGUGGGGAUCCUUUCAAAUGUACUCUCUUUUGCUAUGGACAAAUUCAGUAACAUUCUCUCCAUACUUGUUAUUAACACAAAUUCUUCUCUUUCUCUCUCCAAAAGAAAAUGGUGACUUGAUGAAAUACUACAAAGAAUGUGGCGCUGGAGUAUCGCUAGAGGACUGUGGAAAGGAAUUGACAGCAGAAAACAGAGAGAAAAUAACGUGCUGCGAUACUGACUUCUGUAAUGAAUGAUUUUCCUAUUCUGUUCUUAGAUUGUUUUGAUCUAUCCAGGGACCUAAUGGCACCACAAUUCAAACAACAGACCUUCUGAUGCAGACCUACUGGGGGGAGCCAAACCCACAGUCUCCACCCCAAUCAUCCUCAUCUCCCUCCACAAAUUGGAGCCUGACUGUGUGAUGUAGGCAGUCUUCUGUAUUUGUGGAGGGUUCCCACCAGUGCUUUUCUUCAGCAUGUCAGAGUGCAGUUCCAGCACCUCUCAGGUGGGCGCCAUUUUGGUCCCACAUCUUCCCUUCAUGUACCCAAAACAAAGCCCAAAGCAAACAUUUCAAGUCAAAACAGAAGCUGGCCAGUGUGUGAGAGUCUACACUGCUUUUUUUUUUUGUUUACAUCUAUGACUUUACCUAGCUCUUAACCGCUCGUAGCUGUAAUUGAUCAAACUAUGGGGUGGGGCCAAUUUGUAUUUCCUUUUCUUCUUUUUUUAUAAAUAUUUUUUUAUUAAGAAUUUAAACAAAACAUAUUGUCUUAAUACAUAUCAUCCUUGAUCCCCCCCACCCCCCAUAAAAUAACCCCCUCCCUCCCCCCUGACUUCCCUCAGCUCCAGUCUCUGGUUUCUCUACAGAUGCUAUUCUCUGCAUGUUACAUAAUUGUAUAAGUCCUUAAUUUAUCUAACUGGUUAUUGUCAAUAAAAAAAUUUGUGAGUGUUUAUUCAAAACCUGCCAAGGAGUCCAGUUCACUUUGUUGUUUCUUUAAGUACUUUGUAAAAGGUUCCCAUUUAUCUUUAAAGUCACAGUUAUCCUUAUCCUGUAGUUUAUGAGUCAAUUUUGCCAGUUCUGCAUAGUCCAUCAGUUUCUCUUGCCAUAGUUCUGUACAGUGGUACCUUGGGUUACAUACGCUUCAGGUUACAGACGCUUCAGGUUACAGACUCCGCUAACCCAGAAAUAGUGCUUCAGGUUAAGAACUUUGCUUCAGGAUGAGAACAGAAAUCAUGCUCCAGCGGUGCGGCGGCAGCAGGAGGCCCCAUUAGCUAAAGUGGUGCUUCAGGUUAAGAAUAGCUUAAGGUUAAGUACGGACCUUCGGAACGAAUUAAGUACUUAACCUGAGGUACCACUGUAUUUCAUUUUCUUUAAUCCAUUUCCCAUGUAGUGGCGACAGGCUUGAAGCUUUCCAGCCAGGCCUCUACUGUUGCAUGCAUGUGCCUUUGUGCAAGGGCCCUUCCAAGCCGCCCUAGCCAUCCGCCUGAAUCUAAGAGAACACAGGAGGUGAGGAUGCAUUUAAGUGACUUGCACCAGAACCAGGGGCACCAGCAUCUAUUCAGGGCUGCCCCGAGUCGCCCGACGACUCGCUAUAACAACUUCUUGGUGAGUUCUGGCAUCUGUUUUCAGCACUGGUUCCCACACAUUUUCGACCACUGAUUUCCCAGAGUCCAAAAUGCAUGGGGAGCCUCCAUGAGGACAGGAGAUUUCUCCCCCUUGCUUGGCAUCAGAACAACUGGCUAAGCAUUGUUGUGAAUCAAAUGCUCAUCAGUUCAACUGCUUUUCUCCUCCUCUGUGCACUCGUGUGUGUGUCCUCAUUUAUGUAUGCUUUCAUUGUUUUAUUAUUAGGAAAAUAAUGUCCCCUAAGUGCAUAAUUGUCUGGGGGACUGGGGUGGGUUGUGGCGUACUGCGAUUAUUAAUAUUACACAUAUGGAAGCAAUAGGAUGAAUAAAAUCCGACUCUUCUGGAAAUAAAAA